CCUGAUGACCUCCAAACCUGUUCAAGAAAUGACUUGAAUAGAACUUGUCUGACAUGAAGUCGCCCAGAAGAUCUCAAAAUCUGCAACAAAACUGUCAAGAUACAAAGAAAUUCAAGAACAGCGGCUUCCUCUGCCUUGGAGUUGAUGGCUGAGCUCACUCAGUUUGUGAGAGGACACAGUAGACUGACUGACUACUGCUGUUGGCUCGUUUGAAUUCUCCCUGUAGUUCUUCGACUUCUCGCCAUUCUCACUGCUCCUUUGAAGUCCGAUCCAAAUUUCCCUUAUAUUUUCUUCAAUUGCGUGAUAUUGAAAAUAGUUUUGGGAAUUACGUCGUGCCCGGAGGACUCCGGCGAGUUGUGUUCUUGAGCCAGGUGAGGAAAAAGCGCCGUCAUGUUUGCGGCCUUGGCUGCAAGACCAGAAUUUAAUGUAAACCACACCUAAAAAAACAAAUAUCCUCCAGCUUCAAUGUUUGCGGUAUGUUUUCAUUGUAUUUUGUUUGUUUAUUGGGUGUAAUUCAUAGUUAACCAUUAAUUCAAGGGGAUAUGUUCUAGUACCAUCCGUGAGCUGAAUCCGCGAUGUAGAGAGCCCGUAUAACAAACAUUUUAUUAUAGUUUUACCUAUCUCGCAUGCUUUACACUCUUAAAUCUACAAAAAUUGACUUUUUAAAGUACUCCUCAGUGCUUGCUCUCAUUUGGGACAAGGCAAGGGAGGGAAUUUUUAUAACAUCACUUUGAGGAAAUGAGGACUUGGUCAUGCAGUUUUGCUCGCAUCGAGCUGUUUCUCAUUCCCAAUUCUACUAUAAAAUCAACACAUAAAAUAAUUGAACAUAGUGGCUCAGAUAAUGGAAGGAUAGAAGUAAAAGUAAACCAAACAUCUUAAUGAAGGUCUGAUAGCUUAAUGCUAACAUAUGAUGCAAAACGCCAUAGAUGGACUAAUGUAAAAUGGCAGUGUUGUUUGUAUUUAUGACGUCAAAAUCUCUGUACAGGUAAAUAGCGGACGUAAGGACAAGAAAAAAAAAUGAACGGCGACAUCUGCACCAUCCACGUUGACGGCAUCCCUCUGGACACGCUCAGUAAGGUUCAAACCUACCUGAAGCCGUUCACGCUGUCCCUGGAGGUCCUCCAGCAAGUUUCCGCUCGACUGGAGCGCGACCUGAGGCGAGGCCUGGGCAAACACUCGCACCACAGAGCCGCCGUCCAGAUGCUGCCCACCUUCGUCACGGCCACGCCGGACGGGACGGAAAAAGGCGACUUCCUGGCUCUGGACCUCGGCGGGACCAACUUCCGGGUGCUCCACGUGCGAGUGCUGGAGGAAGAGCAGAGGAUGGUGAAGAUGGACAGUCAGAUCUGCGCCAUCCCGCAAGAGAUGAUGCUGGGGACCGGAGAAAAGUUGUUCGACCACAUCGCCGCCUGUCUGGGGGAAUUUAUCAAGUCGCAGAAUCUGCAGGGGAAAAUUCUUCCACUGGGCUUCACCUUCUCCUUCCCGUGCCAUCAGAAGGAAAUUGACAAGAGCAUCUUGAUCCGCUGGACUAAAGGCUUCCAGUGCUCCGGAGUGGAGGGACAAGAUGUGGUGAAGCUCCUGCGAGAGGCCAUUCACAGGCGAGGGGAUUACGACGUCGGCUCCAUCGCCAUGGUCAACGACACGGUGGGCACCAUGAUGAGUUGCGGCUACAGGGACCAAAGCUGCGAGAUCGGCAUGAUCAUCGGCACGGGUACCAACGCGUGCUACAUGGAGGAGAUGAAGAACGUGAAGCGCGUGGAGAGCGACCUCGGACGCAUGUGCAUCAACACCGAGUGGGGCGGCUUCGGCGACAACGGCUCGCUCAACGACAUCCGGACCGAGUUCGACGUCACAGUGGACAAGACCUCCAUCAACCCCGGCAUCCACACCUUCGAGAAGAUGAUCAGUGGCAUGUAUCUGGGUGAGAUCGUGCGCCUCCUGCUGGUGAGGAUGACAAAUGACGGGCUGCUGUUCAAGGGCCGGGCGUCUGAGACGUUGCUGUCGCCGGACGGAUUUCAGACCAAGUACAUCUCUCAUAUUGAAGAGGAGGCCGUCGGCCUGGAGAACGGCAGGAAAAUCCUGAGCAACAUGGGCCUGACCUUUGACCCGGUGGACGUGCGCGUGGUGCGCAUGGUCUGCGACACGGUGUCGUCACGCUCCGCUCGCCUGUGCGCCGCCGCCCUGGCCACCCUCAUCACCCGCAUUCGGGUCGGGCGCGGCCUGGACCGCCUAAAAACCACGGUGGGGGUGGACGGCUCGGUGUACCGGAAACACCCCAACUUCAGUGCCGAACUCCAGGCCACGGUGCGGCUGCUGGCCCCCGAGUGCGACGUCGCCUACCUGCUCUCGGAGGACGGCAGCGGCAAAGGCGCCGCCAUGGUGACGGCCGUGGCGCAGCGGCUGGCCCGCCAGUCCCGCCUGCUGGAGGAGAGCGAAGGCGAGGAUAGCGAUGACGAAGACCAGUAA